AUGGCGGAUGAAGACAGCUCUUUCGAGAGCACUUUAGACGAGCUGGAAAGUUUAUUUCACUUAGCCACUGAAUUCGUACGAGAUCUUAGAGAUUUGAAGAACGAAGAAAAGCUAAAAUUCUAUGGCCUUUUUAAGCAGGUUAGUAUUUCGAAGUGUACAAAUUUUGAAAUGUAUGAAAGUAUCAAAUGUAUUUUAAUAUUUACAUUUAUUUGAAAAGAUUAUAGAUAAUUUGCUUUCAUAUUUAUUCAAUAAAUAAACAUAAAUUAACUAAAGAGGUUUUUCAAUUUGUACUAUAUUUAAAGAUAUAACUACGAAAUUUGAAUUUACGAUAAUGCAAGCGAAACCGUUUGAAAUUAAAUUGCUUGCGAAUUUUAUAUAAAAUCUGGCGUGUUCAAUAAAUAGAUUUUUGCAUUUUAUUUCACACUGAUGUGUAGGACAUUUAGAUAAAUAUCAAAGUGAAGGGUUUUUUUUAAUUUGGUAUUAAAAUUAUUAGAUAAAUAUUAAAUAGUUAAAUAUUUUUUUAUUUUUUCUAUUGAUAGGCCACAGAAGGCCCAUGUACAAAACGAAAACCACCAAUUUGGGACAUGAAAGGCUGUGCUAAAUGGUUAGAGAUUACCUUUUUCAUGCUAGACAUGUCAUACACAGAUUUGGACAAGCUAUCAGGAAAUAUCAGCUAUGAUUUGAUCUCAAACCUAGAUGAUCGGAUGAUUUGAUCUCAGACCUACGAUUUGAUCUCGGACCUAUGGGGGGGGGAGGGUGAGUGAAUAGGUUUUCGGAUCUUUUACACAGAUUUUCAGAUCUUAUUAAUACAGCAGAUUGCAGAUUUAUCUAAUAUUUUGACCAGAUUGCGGAUUUUGCUUGCAAUUUAGUUGGGAUCCUGGAUUGUGACUUCAUUUAGUAGAGCUUUUAGUGGAUCCAAAUUUAGACAAGACCAUUGUUGGAUCGGCGGAUUUUGCUUCAAAUUUCGGCGGAUUUGUAUACCCCUAUUCACACAAGGGGGUGUGCACCCAAAAAAUAUUUUGCAUCCUGGCACCUAGAGAAAUUUGUACCCCAGAAAUUUAAAUCCCCGUUGGAUUAAGUGACAGUACUGUAAUUGAAAGAAGGAUUUUAAACUAAGUAGGACUAAAUAAGACCAAAAAUCUUAACAUUUCCUGGGCUUUGGCAUUUCACCCCCUACUGUACAUAUACAUGAUUUUUGAAGAGCACAGCAAAUCUUGAUAUUUUUUAGGGAAGCCUGGAAAGGUUUGGGUCAGAUGUCCACAGAGGAUGCAAUGAAGAAUUAUAUAAAUGAAUUGACCAGAAUAAAUGGCAACUGGGAACAAUGUAUAAGAAUUACACAGCAUAUAGAUGAGGUGAAUAUUAAUAGCUUACAUCAUUUCAGAAAAAUCACUCAAAACAUAUACCAUCUAGAAGCCAAAACCAUUGUCAGAACUAAUAGUUUCACACUUCAAAGCUAAAUAAAUACAGUAAUUUUGGUCAAACCAAUAUUAGUGUACCAGUUUUCCAAAACCAAGCACAAAAUCUUGAGCGUGAUAAAUAUGUGUUCAGUAUCAUGAAAAUUAUUGGUGGGCUGAAUUACUCCCUAGCAGGGUCUUAGCUAGGAUUUUAGAUCUUGGGCGUGUUUCUAAAUGACCUGGGUGUGCGUAUUUCUAGUUAUGCUCACCAACAACAGACAAUGCCUGUGGUUGUUGUAGGCUUUGCAACCAUGCAAAUACAAGGCUACGCUCACAUUGCGUACUGACAAUAAAAUAUUAAGUUUUUUCAGCAACUCUUGGGGGUAUUUAAAACUAUUUUAUAUAAUACCAUAUGGUUCCCAUUAUCCAUUAAAACAUCACAGAUCACUUCUUCCAAUUUCAUCAAUUCCAGUAGAUUUUUAUUAGAAACUUUCUUACAACGAAAAUGGGAAGAAAUGCUGUCUGUUGUAAGCAGUAACACCUUAUUUUAUGAACCUACACAGCCUUAUUUAAUUAAUGAAGCCGCGUUAAUUUUAUCUAGCCGUGUUUUUCUAUUUUUGGCCGCGAUAACACAGCCAACACGGCCCUCUAGCUAAGACCCUGCUCCCUAGCCCCUGCUUGCAUGGUCUUUAACUUUAAUCAAUUUCAAUACAUUGUUAGUAAAAUAAUCUAAUGUAUUAGAGGCAAACCUAAAACAGAAUUCAAGAUUCCCUACUAUAGGUCACCCAAGAUGCAAUUAUAUACAAUACAGCAUGCAAUUAUAUAAACCUAAUAAUUAUAAAUACAUUACAAUGAAUAGCUGACAUUAAAUUUAUUAUAAUAGGAAGACAGUAAAUUCUUAUGAAAAAUAUAUAAAGAACUAGGUUCUCUGAUAUUCAGAGAUAAAUUGUUCCAUAAAUGAUAAACAGGGUGUCCACAGGCCUUGAUAAUCCUAGAAAGUCCUUAAUUGGAAAAAAAAUUAUUUCAUGACUGAAAAGUCCUUGAAAAUCAAUAGAAGUCCUUGAAAGUCCUGGAAUCAGGCCUUAAAAUAUCGGUUGGUCACGGACAAUGUCUGACCCAUUCAUGAAAUUGUCCGACGUAGAGAGGAAACCACCGGACAUUCUGUCUGACCAAAGUGAAACUGAGGUUUGUUGUUUGUCCGACCUGAGUGUAUUGGUGUCCGACCGAACUGCAGCUUUGUCCAACAUAAAUCAAAAUGUACCCUAGCCCAGAUAGAGGCUUGUAUGUUAAAUGAAAAAUCAGAGUACGGUACUAUUGUAUAAAAGGUGAAUUGGAAAUGUUGUUUUAACAUAGUCGAGCCGGGGCGGCGAUCGAAAUGGUGAAGUGGAAAACGGGCUUAAGUUGUCGAAGUCUUUUUUAAUACUGCUGUUCUGGCAAGCAAGUUAAUUUUGGCUUGGAAAUAAGUAUGAAAGAAACAAAAUAUUUAACAUCUUUACAACAUUUACCGUUUAUUCAUUUGUGUCGGCAUUCAGACUUAUUUCCGAGCCAAAACUGAACUGAAGGCCAUCGGACAUAUGUCCGACCGAAACUCAACGUCAACGGACAUUUUGUCAGACGGCCCUGGAAAAGAUAUUUUAAGGCCUGCCUGGAAUUGAUUUCCUUAACCUCCAGCUGUGCCAACAUUAGUGAUUUGAAUUAAAAUUACUGAAUAAAGUGAAUCAAAGAGGGGCAAAUCCGUGCCAUUUUCGAGAUUUUUCAGUUCUAGAUCCUUGAAUUUACUGAAAGAGGGCCUUGAAAGUCCUGGAAAAGUCCUUGAAUUUCACCUUCACCAAAGGGUGGACACCCUGGAUAAAUACAAACAAAAUAAGUAUAUUUGUAUAAGCCAAGGGGACAUUGAAGAUGAGUUGAGCGACAAAGGGAACAUCCCUGCUUUAUUUCCAAUGUGGUGAGGUAUCAUUUUUAUUUUCUAGGAGAAAAAAUCAACUGGUAUGGAAGGUGGAAUGGGAGUGACAGUUAGCACACUGUAUAAUGCAGACUACGAGGCAGAUUGCAAAAUAAAAGAUGAGGAUAAAACAGCGUUUGACUGGUGUAAGGAAGGAAACGUCAAGGAAAUGACAAAAAUUCUCGAAAAGAGUAAAACUGGAGCCAAUGUCAAAGAUGAUCAGGUAUGCCAUAGAAUAUGUUCCACGUCAGAAAUGUUGACACUAAAUACCAGGGGUGGAUCUACUGUGGGGGUGCGCACCCCAUCUAGUGUUGUCUAGCACCCCCUUAAAGAAUCCAAAACCACCCUAAAAAAAUCUGCUUGACCAUACAUUUUCUGCUUUUCGAUUAACAAUUGACCAUUGACCAGUCAUUUUAGAUUACAAACUUCGCAAGGCUAUAUUAUCCGCAUUUUACAACAUUUCGCAACAAAACUUUGGAAUAUUACUAAUUUUGUGAUGCUCUUUCAAGCUGUGGUGAAAUUUUUGUCUAGACUUGUUUAGAUCAAAAUUUAGUCUAUUACGCAAAUGGUCAAUUAGCGGUACAUCUAAUGCUUUAAAUAUCAUGGUAUUGUAAACAUGUCGAGGUUGUUAUACAGUUAAACAGCCAUUAUUAAUUUUCAAACAUACUAGCUGUAUUUUAACAAGCAAAUUUACUGUACUGUGCUACAACAACUGUCCAGUCACGCAUACGUGAUAAAAAGCCGCUAUAAUAUAAACUUUAUAAACAAAAGAUAAUGUAAAACGUAACAGAACGGCGAACAUGCAGAUUCAGCAAUCUCAAAUAAUUGUAAUGUUGGGAUGGUAGCGUUGCAAACUGCAGAGGAGGGUAGUAAGCCUCCCCUCAUGCACCACCCCAUGGAAAACCUGCAUUCCUCCUUGCAGACGAAGCUAGAUCUUGUGUAUUCGAAAAUCUCGUGUAUUCGAAAAUCAAUCGUUUCAAUAUAAUAUUUGAAGUAGUAAGUUCACAACUGAAAUAUGGAGUACUAGAGUUUUCUUUACGGGGGUGCUGUGCCCCCCUGCAUUCCUCCGGUAGAUCCACCCCUACUUGGUAUUACACAAGAUUGUUUCACUUUGGUUUCUCUGGUUGACCGCCAUUUGCUACACAGUGAAACCUACCUAA